AUGAUUGCUCAGCCUGAUCAUAUUAACGCAGUGGUUAUUGGACAUGUAGAUAGUGGGAAAUCCACUACUACCGGUCAUCUCAUUUACAAAUGCGGUGGCAUUGACAAACGUGCUAUCGAAAAGUUUGAGAAAGAGGCUGCUGAGAUGGGUAAAGGUUCUUUUAUAUAUGCUUGGGUACUGGAUAAACUGAAGGCAGAAUGCGAGCGUGGUAUAACAAUCGAUAUUGCACUAUGGAAGUUCGAUACCAAUAAGUACAAAGUCACAGUUAUUGAUGCACCUGGCCAUCGUGACUUCAUCAAGAACAUGAUCACAGGAACAAGUCAGGCUGACUGUGCAAUGCUGAUUGUUGCUGCUGGUGUUGGUGAGUUUGAAGCUGGUAUUUCCAAGAAUGGUCAAACAAGAGAACAUGCAUUGUUGGCAUACACGUUGGGUGUCAAGCAGUUGAUUGUCGCAAUUAAUAAAAUGGACUGCACCGAACCACCUUUCUCUGGAAAUCGCUACAAAGAAAUCGUCAAAGAAGUGUCCGGCUACAUUAAGAAAGUCGGGUACAAUCCCGCUGCAGUUCCAUUUGUGCCGAUCUCUGGCUGGCAUGGUGAUAAUAUGGUAGAAAGGAGUACAAACAUGCCUUGGUUUAAGGGUUGGGAAGUUACAAGAGUAAAGGAUGGAAAGAAUGUUACUGACAGUGGCUACACAUUAAUAGAAGCAAUAGACAAGAUGAAUCCACCCACAAGAAUGACUGAAAAACCAUUGAGAAUACCACUACAAGAUGUUUACAAGAUUGAUGGCAUUGGUACCGUUCCUGUUGGUCGCGUGGAAACUGGAAUUAUAAAACCUGGAGCAUGCAUUAGUGCAGCAUGUAUCCAAACUCACACGUUUUGGUGA